AUUUUUGAUGAAUUUAUGAUGGAAAAUCAUGAGGAUGCCUGUCCAAAGGGCUGCAGUGGUCACUCCUUUCUGAGAAAGAAUUGGCUUGGAUCAGUUAUGUUUCCUUUCUCUGCCCUCCUGGAACAAUCAAAGCUUGCAGAUCAUGAAGAUGAAUUGCUUUUGCAAAAAGCAAACAUUUUUAAGAAAACAUGCAAGGCGCUAUUUCCAAAGAGGAGAAUAAUAACCUCAGUUUUUAACAAUGAAGGAAGAAAUAUUUUAGUAACAAAGUAUAUCACCUCUCUGAAUCCACCACAGCUGUUACUAGAUAUGUAUUCUAAAGAUCCCAAUUCAACAGCUGACCUUAUAUCUCGAUUUGUGUCCUUGAUUCCUUGUAUAUCAGACACAGUGGACGAAAACAAUGGCGUCGAUGUCUGGAUUACAGCAGAGCACUGUAUCAGUUUGGGUGUUGGUAAUAAAGAAGAGCAUGCCGUGCUUCUCUGUAACUAUUUUAUGUAUAUUGGGAAGAAAGCCAGGGUGUUGUUGGGAACUUCUGUGUUAGAAGGGAACGUGGCUUAUGUGGUAACACAGGAAAAUAGAGAAUAUUUUCUGUGGAAUCCAUUGAGUGGCCAGUGCUAUAAGCAGUUUGAUGCAUUUUGCCCCUUGCAGAGUAUCGAUUGCUUAAUCAGUUGGGAAAAUGUCUGGUUCAACGUACAACAAAAUAAUUCACCAAUGUAUGUUAGUUUUGACAUUUCAAAGGAAGGUUUUUGGAAACAGUUUCUUCCCUACAAUUUUCAGCAUUCAAAAACACAGACUGUACAGCCAGAAGAGAUAGUAUAUGCUCCUACUAAUGAAAGUCUGGUAGAAGAGCUACAGAACAGGAUUGAAAAGACUUUAAAGAACAAAAUGAUGGAAUGGCGAUCCCAACUGCCAACUCGCUGGCAUCGACAGUGUACUAAUAUCUUACGACAAAUCCUUCCUAAACUGGAAUUAAGAAGUGGAGGCAUUUCUACAGAGAAAGAAGAAACUGAUUUGGAGUCUCUUCUGGGACAUUAUUGGGUUACAGGCUUUCCAAUCCAGAUGCCUUAUCAAAAUGUACCAUCAAUAACUGAGGCUGUUUAUCAGACAGGAAUUCAUUCUUCAGAGGUUCCCAACACAGAAUUUGCCCUUGCUGUGCAUAUUCAUCCGUAUCCAAAUAACAUAUUAUCUGUCUGGAUCUACUUAGUAUCUUUGGUUCGUCAUAAGUAAGCGUCCACAAAUCUUUUCUG